UCUAAAUAGACUAAAGAUCUUAUUAGUACGUGGUUAGUUUACUAAAUAAGAUUCUUGUGUUUUGAAGAGAAACUAGAGUACUGUGUAUAUGAUGAUAAGAAAAACCAUUCAUUAAAUUUAUGGUUUAUUUUGUUGCUCUGUAUUUCCCAGUGUCUUUACCGAAAAGAGUUAGGUUGAAAGUGUUGCCUGUGCGUGUUUGCGUUUGCAAAUUGCAUCUAUGAAAGUGCAGGAACAAUGUUAAUAAUUUACUUGUGUGAGCAACUAACAUAAAUUUGCUCAAAUAGCUGCAUAAUGUAAAUGGACAGAUCAUCACUUAAAACCAAAGAAGUUUUGGGAUGGAUUGUCAAGACAAAUGCAUGAGUUACCUAUCUUUAAAAGAACUGCUCCUUAUAAGUGACACAAUGUGCAGAUUAGUAUCAGGUAUGCUCGGACCGACAGGAAAUCAGACGCUUUUAUCCACAGCCACUGGAAAGGCUAUUGCAUCAAGAGAUGGUUUAAAAGUCUUGUCAGCUGUGUAUGUGAAUCAUCCUGUUGCAAAAUGUAUUCUCAGCACAAUGAAAAACUAUCACAUACUCACUGGAGAUGGAUCCAAGAGCUUUUUAAUAUAUUUGCAAGCAAUUCUGAAAGCUGUCGAGAAACUGGCAUCUACGUCAGAGACAUAUAUUUGUAAAAGAUAUUCUGAAUCUCCUUAUUUUAGGAUUAGUUUGUCCCAGAAACUCCAUUAUUUUUUGUUAGAGGAGUUCCCUUUUUUUUCAUCAGUGAUGCUUGAGAAAUGUACUCUAGUUUGUACAGAAAUGGCUGAUUUUUGUUCCACUAUAAGAAUUAUUGUUACAACAGUAUUAAACACUACAUUGCCUGGGUAUGCAACUGACCUUUUAACAGAAAUGUUGUGCAGCUUCUUUGAUGUUGAAAGAUUCUUCACUUGGGAUCAAGAUCAAAUAGACAAAUGUCUUUCACAGGUGUUAGGUUUUUUAGAUUCUUAUCAUGUCAAGAUCUCAGGUUAUCCAUAUGAAAAAUCAGAGAUCUAUUUUGGAGUUUUACUAGAACAGGAGUUUGUAGUGCCAUUGCCAGACUUGAGAAGCACAGAGAAAAAUUUGCAUGUGAUCAUGAUAUCUUGUCAGAUAGAGGAUGACAGUUGUGACACAGUCAGUCCCACUCAUAAACUUAUGGAAAAGUGUUUCUUACAAAAAAGGACAAAGAUUUUGAGGUUUGUAGAGGCUCUUAAAGCUGCUGGCAUUGAUGUUAUUUUAUUAUCUGAAUGCUGUCCAGUUUAUUUUCAAGGCAUAUGCCAUGAUCAUUUACUUUCAGUGGUGCAGAAUGUGGACAAAGAUAAGGUCAGUUUGAUUCAACAUUUAACUGGUGCAGUUCCAUUACAUGACCUUAGAGAAGAGUUUAUGAAUAAUGGAACGUUUAUAGCAGAUGUAUGUAAAAGAAUGAAAAUUGGCAGAAAGUCAUUUAUUCUUGUUAAGCCAUCAAAGAUAGAAGAGCCAUGCGGUCUGGCAAAACAGAUGAUAUUGUGUGCACCAACAAAUAGCAUGUGUGAUCAGGCCUGUGAUUCUUUAAAAAAGGCAAUUCUUUCUUUGAGGAUGUGUCUUUGUUUUCAGAGAUAUAUUUCUUCAUCUUUAACUGCAUGUAAGCCAUCAUCAAAAGCUUUGACUGUAAACAAAUCUGGUAAAGAUACAGUUCGUAUAAUUUGUGCUGUGGGUCCAGGGGGAUGUUUUGAAGCUUUACUUUGGAGUGUCAUACAACAGCACAAGUCUGGUGAAAAAUCCCUUUGCAGAGAGAUGAAUUUGAUUCUUCGAGAAAUGUUGUUAUCAGUUCCUCAAAGAUUGUGCACCAAUAAUUCUCCGUCCUAUUUCCAAGGUCAGCAUGAUUUUUUGCGCAAGUGGUCAGCAAUGGUGCAAGGAGCCAGCACAGGGUUAGCCCUGGGCUUCAACUGUAGUGCUGAUAUUAUAGAUAUGAGCAUGGCUGGGAUUUUGGAACCCCUACCCAGCAAGCUGUUGCUGGUUUCUUGUGUAAUUCAGCUGGUACAGCAGUUGCUGCGACUUGAUGCUGUUGUUGGUGUUAAAAAACACUGAUAUGUACUUUAUACCAAGAGAGGGCACCUUUUUCAUUCUUUCUUGUUACUGCAGUUGUGUAACACAUUGUGGAUUCUUUAAAGCAUCAAUUGCAGCUGCACUACCUUUUGAAAAUAGUGUGCACUUUAUGCUGUGUAAACAGAUUCGUAAGAUCUAAAGGGGAAUGUUGUCUUAUUAUUUCACCUACCUUGGCAACAUAGCAAAGAUGGAGGUGUAGAUGAAGAUGUCAGAAGCCGAAUAAAUAAAGCCAGGCUUGCAUUCCACACAUUCCCUGCAACCUGUCUGGAGCUCCAAGGCAUUAUCUCUACACAUCAAAGGAUACACACUCUACACAUCUUCAACGCAAAUGUAAAGUCAGUCCUUCUAUAUGGAUCUGAGACAUGGCGUGUGACAAACACCAUCACAAACAAGAUUCAGACAUUUGUCAACAUGUCUGUGCCACAUCCUCAACAUCAGAUGGCCCAAGAAGAUCGUGUGAAAGCCGGCCGACAAUUUAACAAGACAAACUCUGGGCUGGAACCCACAGAGGAGAUGCAGGGUUGGGAGACCCAGAUGGACAUGGGAAAGAUUGGUCCACAGCGAGGCGGAGGCAGCUGGCAUGACAUGGUCCUAACUGGAAAGGGAUGCCCAGAACCGGAUCUGAUGUCGUGGUGUAGUUGCAGCCCUAUGCUCCACUGGGGGUGAUUAGGAACAAGAAGAAAGGUGAAUGUUGCUUUAAUGGCUUGACUUUAUUGUGUUAAUAAACCCCCACAUUGAUGUCCUGUUUAUUGUGUUCAAAAUCAGGCAUUGCUGUUAUUAUCAAAACUUAAAAAGAGGACAAUAUGCAUAAUGAUGAGAAACAUGCCUGCAUUAAUCCUAUUGUCACCUGUAUAGGUUCCUCUCAAGGCUGCUACUUUUCUCCACUACUGUUGUACUAUAUGCUAACAGUUGUAGGAGCACUAAAGAUAGCAGCUUAUAAAAUUUGCUGAUAACACUGCCUUGUUGUCAUUUUUGAUUGUUAAUGAACAUCUUCAUAGGAGUGCUCUUCUAGACUUUGUAUAAGCUUUGUGAUUUUCACAGUUCUGUUAGUCUUUGAUUGAGGGUAUAAUCACUUUUUCUUUCAUCUCUUGGUUCCACAGCCUCUCCCUAGAGAACAGGAAUAGUCUUUUCUCCCAUUUUAAUAUCUGUUACGGGAUCACCGGAACUAAGCAGAGGGACUUAGCAGACUCUCGUUCUUGCAGGGUGGCUGCAGAUACAUGAUGCCUGUAUGCAGAACAAAUGGUCACUGCAACUUAUUCAUUCCCCUUGAUCAAUUCUACUGGCCAUGAUGCUGUGUUAGCCUGAGGUGACCUAAUGCAGUGUACCAACCGUUUCUACUGUUGCUGUAUAUAUCUAUAUAGAAAGAACUUGUUCACCAACUGUGUCUGUGGUUGCUGCAAAUAUCCAUACAGAGAGAAAGUUUGUUCAUUAACUGUGUCUACUGUUGCUGUAUAUAUCAGUAGUCAACAUAUACAGUAUAUAUAUAUGUACUCAUCUGUAUAUUGAUACCACAUAAGCACCUAUAAAUUUUACCUGUAAUUGCCCUUCCAGAUUAAUAAAGUUGUAUGUUUUUAGUGCCCUCUCAUUUUUUUA